CUCAGAUGAUUGCUGGCUUCGUCCAGUGGAUGCUGCUACUGAGCGUUGUGACAGAACUAGCAGCUUACCUCCCGAUUCCGAUAGAAAUCCCGUUCGUUCCCGUCUCACUCAUAGUGGGUGCAAACCCACCUAAACCUGCUACAAAUGGUCCAACGUCAUCUAUGAGUGUGCCACAAAUCGUUCGACAUUGGGGCUAUCGAUUAGAAGAGCAUCGAGUUGUCACCUGCGAUGGUUAUGUCCUCACAUUGCAUAGGAUACCCCAUGGACGAGCCCACAACAGAAACCCGCCCGCCAAUAGACCGGUAGUGUUCCUUCAACACGGAUUACUUUGCUCCAGUUCGGUAUGGCUGCUUAAUGCGCCAGAUCAAUCAGCUGGUUUUCUCUUCGCUGAACAGGGUUACGAUGUUUGGCUUGGUAAUAUGCGUGGCAAUGUUUACUCGAAAGAACACAGGACACUUAACAGCGAUUCAGCCGAAUUCUGGAGGUUCAGUUGGGAAGAGAUGGCCAAGUACGAUCUGCCAGCAAUGAUCAACUAUGUCUUAAACAGGACUGCUCAAAGAUCCUUGUAUUAUGUUGGACAUUCGCAAGGAACAUUGACGAUGUUGGCAAAGCUCAGCAAGGACCGAGUAUUUGCGCAAAAGAUCAGAAAAUUCUUCCUUCUUGCGCCGGUAUACCGAAUGUCUCAUGUAAAAGGAUUCUUCCACAAUUUUGGACAAAACUAUGAGCGUCUCAAAGAAGUCUAUCGCUAUUUUGGAGAUAACGAGUUCUUCUCGGCCAAUAUCUUCAGCCGAUUUGUAACAGAAAACCUCUGCGAGAAUCCACUGAGCAGUGCAUUCUGUGAAGAAUUCGUUUACCUGGUUGCGGGACCGGACAGUAACCAAAUGACGAAGAGCAAGCUUGGUGUCUAUGUGGCGAACAUGUUGGCUGGGACUUCAACCAGAAAUAUGAUGCACUAUUCGCAAAUGGUUCAUGAUAAAAGAAUGGCGUCUUUUGACAUGGGAAUUGGAGAAAACCUGAGGGUUUAUGGACAGAGUUCGCCACCCGAAUACAACAUAAGCAAUGUGCAUAAUGAUAUCUACCUCUUCUAUUCCGACUACGACUGGACCGCAACCGCCGAUGACGUCAAGCAAUACCUCAUGCCGACACUCCCACGAAACUCCGUCAAAUAUGCAAAAGAGCUGCGAGAGUUCAACCACAUGGACUUUUUGUGGGGUACACGUGCUCGAGCUGAGAUCUACGAUCCUAUUAUAGAAAUCAUCAAAGCUGAUUCACAUGCAUUUUCGGGACCAGUACAUGUGCAGUGACGGACGACUAUACGCGAUAUCUGGUAGCGAGCUAGAAGAGCCUUAGCUAGAAGCUAAUGGACUAUGAUCUUAGUUGCUGACGGGUC